AGGGCUCGCCCGUCCUCCACCAAGCUCACGUUCCGAGGCUCGGGCAGCGCUUGGCUGGCCUGCUGCCCUGGUGGGUCGGCCAGGCGGAGGCAGGGAUCUCAGGAGGAGCCCGUCACAAAGGGAAGGACUCCGAGGACCAGGACAGCGGCAGGUGCCAGGUGGGCGUGCCAGCCGGUGAGCUGCGAGGGACCUGGACCCUCUGAGCCUGGAGAUGGCUGGGAACUGCUCCUGGGAGGCCCAUGCCACCAGCAGGAACAAGAUGUGUCCCGGCCUGAGCGAGGCCCCGGAGCUCUACAGCCGCGGCUUCCUGACCAUCGAGCAGAUCGCCAUGCUGCCCCCGCCAGCCGUCAUGAACUACAUCUUCCUGCUGCUCUGCCUGUGCGGCCUGGUGGGCAACGGGCUGGUCCUCUGGUUUUUCGGCUUCUCCAUCAAGAGGACCCCCUUCUCCACCUACUUCCUGCACCUGGCCAGCGCCGACAGCGCUUACCUCUUCAGCAAGGCCCUGUUCUCCCUCCUGAACGCAGGGGGCUUUCUGGGCACCUUCGCCGACUUCCUCCGCAGCGUGUCCCGGGUCGUGGGGCUCUGUGCCUUCGUCGGCGGCGUGAGCCUCCUGCCGGCCAUCAGCACAGAGCGCAGUGUGUCCGUCAUCUUUCCUGCCUGGUACUGGCGCCGGCGGCCCAAGCGCCUGUCGGCCGUGGUGUGCGCCCUGCUCUGGCUCCUGUCCCUGCUGGUGACUGGAAUUCACAACUACUUCUGUGUGUUCCUGGGCCACGCAGACUCCAGGGCAGCCUGCAGGCACAUGGACAUCGCCCUGGGCAUCAUCCUCUUCCUGGUCUUCUGCCCACUCAUGGUGCUGCCCUGCCUGGCCCUCAUCUUGCACGUGGAGUGCCGGGCGCGGAGGCGCCAGCGGUCGGCCAAACUCAACCACGUCGUGCUGGCCAUGGUCUCCGUCUUCCUCGUGUCCUCCAUCUACUUGGGGAUCGACUGGUUCCUCUUCUGGGUCUUCCAGAUCCCGGCCCCCUUCCCCGAGUACGUCACCGACCUGUGCAUCUGCAUCAACAGCAGUGCCAAGCCCAUCGUCUACUUCCUGGCAGGGAGGGACAAGUCGCAGCGGCUGUGGGAGCCUCUCAGGGUGGUCUUCCAGAGGGCCCUGAGGGACGGCGCCGAGCUGGGGGAGGCUGCAGGCGGCACGCCCAACACGGUCACCAUGGAGAUGCAGUGCCCCUCUGGGAAUGCCUCCUGAGAGGCCUGCGCCCGGGGAAGCCUGGGCCCGACGUGGACCCUGGCCUCCAGAGACUCUUUGCCACCGACAGGAACAGGCGCCUGCCUUGGUGCCCGCGUGGGAGGACAAUCUGGCUCGGCCCCUCCUGCCUCCUUCUCCCAGGGACGGAGGCCCUGGGGGUGGCCAAGAGGCCGAGCAGCCACCAGCACCCCCCAGCCACUCUGCCUCAGUGGCCCACUGUACCAAAGUCACCCCCACGCGGUGGGGCCCUCCUCGCCCUGGGCUGGUCGGCACAGGGGAGGAGGUGGCUGCAGCCCUGCCACCUCCUGCCCUACAGCCUCGUCCCCAGGGGUGGACUGUUCUCGAGAUUCCGUCCCCAGGGCGGAGCAUGAGCUGACCUGAACCAGACGGUGCUACCUGGGAGAGGUGUCCCUUCAUCGCCUUGCAGCCAGAUCUUUCUGCAAACAACAUCCCUGUCUCCUUGGUGAGUCAGUUGGUGACUUUAAUGGGGAAACGCCUGGCCCUGGGGCCUCUUGAGACAGGAAGGACGGCCUUUUCUAACUCUGUGCCUGGCCAGCCCUGGGCAGCCUCCCAAGCACUCUGUGUCCUCCAGGCCACUGUGGACCAUAUGGGCAGUUCCUGGACCGAGUCCCUGGGCUCUAGCACCACCCAGAAGUGGGCUCUGGCUCUGUCCUGUCGCCUGGGGACUGGCACUGUGGUGCCCAACAAGCACAGUGGCCCCAUGUAGCCACAGGGAGUUCUGUAAGACAAUGAAGUGUCACCAAUAAACGUUUUGUACCUU